AUGACAGCAGCAAGUUUAACUCCAACUGAUAAGCUAGCCUCAUCAGGCAAUUAUGAAUAUUUAAAUGAAAAUCAUGAUCAAGAAUGUGAAGAUAAAAUUGUACAAGAAUUUAGUCAUUUACUUGAAAAAUCAAAACAAUUAUUUAAUGGAUUAAGAGAUCUUCCACAAUAUGGACAUAAACAAUGGCAACCAUAUUUUGCAAGAACAUUUGAUGUUUAUACUAGAUUAUGGAAAUUUCAACAACAACAUAGAGUACUUCUCGAUAAAAAAUUUAGUUUAAAACGUUGGCAAAUAGGUGAAAUAGCUUCGAAAAUCGGUCAACUUUAUUAUCAUUUUUAUAUUCGUACAUCGGAAACAAUUUAUUUAAAUGAAGCAUUUGCUUUUUAUUCAGCUAUACGUACACGUGCCUAUUAUUCAAAAGUAAAUCGUGAAGAAAAGCCAGAUUUAAUGGUUAAAAAAUUACGUUAUUAUGCACGAUUUAUUGUUGUUUGUCUUUUAUUAAAAAAAACAAAAAUUAUACGUGAAUUAGUACGUGAAUUAAAUCGUCAAAUCGAUGAAUAUGUGAAAGCUUAUGAUCCAGAUGAUAGUCUUGAAUGGCAACUUGUUUUAAAUGAAAUUUCAACAUUCAUUGAUAUUGAUAAUCAAUUACAUGUCGAUCAUACACCAAUCACAUUAUACUAUCGUUUAACAAAUUCUUUAAUACCACCAUUACCUAACGGUGCUGAAAAAAUUCUAUCAAAUAUUCAAAUGUAUUCACUUGAAGAAAUUCUUGUUAUUGGAAAUUAUCAAGAUCAAAUAAAAUUUAGUGAAUUAACACUUGAUAUGUAUCGAAUGUUACAAGCAGUUGAAAGACAACCAGUGGAAUCAACAUUAUCGUCCGAUGAUAGAGCAACAACGCAAUCGCCAGCUAAUCAUGAAAAGGAAACUAUUGAUUUAUACGAUGACGAAUCUUCAAAACGUUCAAAUCCUCAUAAAUAUCUUCUUUAUAAACCAACAUUUAGCCAAAUUUAUGCGUUUACAGCAUCAGCGUUUAAAGAAUUACCUAUGAAUGGUGUUCUUCUGCUUUAUAUUUCUGCUGAUGGUUAUGAUACACAUAUGAAAAUAAAAAAUGAUCAUUCAUACGAUUUUGGUGGUGUUAAGACUAAUAAUCGACAUGAUGAUAUUAAUGAUAAUUUAAAUUCACCAGCAAAUACUCUUGGAAAAAAAACAACUUCAACAACAACAACAGCAACACCUAUUAAAGAUAUUCAUAAUAUAUUUCCAGGAGAUUUAUAUCCAUUUUUACGCAAACCAUUGUUUUUAAUAAUUGAUAGUAAUAAUAGUAUUGUAUUUCAAAAUAUGCCAAAUUUAUUUGGACAACCGUUAGUUUCAUUACUUUCACCUGUUAAAAUACCAGCAGUAUUUCAUGAUUAUCAAAAUAAAGGAAGUUUAUUUACAUUAUUUUUAACAUCACCAGCAUUUGCAUUUUGUUUUGUUUGCCAUUUAAAUGAAUUAACAAGCGAACAAUGGAAUUUAUGUCAAGAAAAUGUGAAUAAAAUUAUUUUUGAAAUAAUAAAAAUUUUCUUAAAAUCAAAACUUGUUGAUGGUACAAUCUAUCACUUUUUUGGUGAUGACUUCCUACGAUUAUUUCUUGCUCGUUUUAUUUUUUGUUAUGCUGUUCUUCGUUUACAUCGGGCAUUCAAGGUAAUUUAA